GCAUGACCAAGGCUGAAGGAGAUGAACGGUAGCAGGUGGUGCUCGACGGCAGUGACGUUCCAGCAUUCUCGGCGGUGUCGACGGUGGUUCCAGCGUUCCAGCACUCACGGCGGCGCACGGCUCCAGAACUCACGGUGGCGCAGGUCUCGGCUCCAGCAGGCUCUUUGGCGGUGCAGGGUCUCGGCUCUGGCGGUGCAGGUUCUCGACUCCGGCGGUACUGGUUGCUCACGGUUCCAGCCGUGGGUUGAGGUUAAGGCUUUUAGCAAAUCUCUCGAGUCAUUUAAAACUGCAAUUGUUGUUGGUGGAACUAAUAUAUCUGACCAGAGGUCUGAGCUCCGUGCUGGAGUUGAUAUAGUUGUUGCUACUCCUAGGAGAUUUAUAGAUCAUUUGCAGCAAGGAAAUAGUUCACUUUCAAGAGUUUCAUUUGUUGUUCUAGAUGAGGCUAAGCUGACAGAAUGCUUGACAUGGGGUUUGAACCUCAGAUAAGAGAGAAAAUCACAUGCCUCAAGAGAUUGACAUUUCUACAUUACAAACAUUAGGCAAUUGGGAUCUUUCUCGAGCUUGGAAUAGACCUUUUACAAGCCAUCCAAAGAGAGUUCCAGACACUGGGGAAUUGGUUACAAUCGGAAUUUCCCCAACGAAGCCUUAUCUUGAAAUAGGAGUAAUUUCAG